AUGGCAAUUGUGAAUUUGCUUGUGGUGAUCCCAGUCAUGACUAAUGCAUAUGUAUGCCAUUUUAAUGUGCAACCUAUUUACAAUGAACUUGAUGGACGUUCUCCUCAAAAGAUGAAUCGCGUAGCAAGAAUCACAAUAGUUGUCACUGUGAACAUUAAAUCUAAUGUUAUUACCAAUUUUGAUACAGAUCUAGAAAUUGCUUAUAGUGAUAUCCUGAAUUACAUAGUUCGAAUAGGAUACAUUCUUCAUCUAAUUCUUGUUUUUGUAGUUAACCAUUUCUCAUUGUGCAAAAUUGUUAAUACCUUGAUAUUAGCGGAUUCAGCUCCUUCACAAUUGCACCAUCGCGAGCACAAGAUUAACACAUUAAAAAAAGCUUUCCUUGCUUUAUUAUCGAUUUUACUUUGUCCAAUAUGGCUCAUUGUACAUACACUUCAAUCGUCUAUAUGGAAAUUAGAUGGCUCAAUUGCAUAUAGCAAUUUACAUACUGCUGCAUACAGCAAUGUACAUAUUGCUUGGUUCAUUUGA